AUGAGCCUAUUCGGUAGUAAGCAAGCCUCAGCUGAGGUUGAAAAUAUCAAAGUGUUGCCGCCUCUCCCUCAAAAGACGAGGAGUCCUCUGAGUCCUGAAGAUCCGGAUACUGAUGUUCAUUUGAUUAUUUGUAUAGCAGGAAUGGGUGCUAGAAAGGGACAUUUUCUGAGUGAUUCACUUCUCUCGCAAUUCGGAAAGUGGUUUGAUAUCAACAAGUGCCAAUCUGCAAUGAGGGAUACAAUGCAAACAGCUAUUCAAAAUUAUGGUACUGAACAGAUAAAGAAGAAGCCUCCAAAGAUUGUAGUAAAAUCUAUUGAUUAUUGUUCGGUAGUAAGAGAAGAGGGAGGUUAUAAUGACAAGUUGGGAAGAGUUUCUAUGAAAUCGGGAGCAGCUCUAUUGAGAAUGAUUGCCAAUGAAAGUAUGAUUGAUGUGCUAAUGUAUAAUAGUGAAAAGAUUAAGAAGCAAAUUCUUAGUGAAUCUGUGAAACAAAUCAAUGACAUUUUUGAAGAAAUGGAAGGAAUACCAUUGAAAUCUAUUUCCCUAGUGGGUCACUCUCUAGGAUCUGUUGUAGCUUUUGAUUUGCUUCAUCAAAACCAAGAAUCUGGAAAGACCUUGUUGAAGAUGCAACCAAAUUUUUGUUUCCUUGUUGGAUCACCACUUGGAUUAUUCUUGACAAUGGAUUUCCAAACUGAAAAGAAGCAAAUGGAAUCUUUCAAUUAUGUGAACCCAGCUACAGGAAAGAGACAAUUAUUGAAGGAGGUGCCAAUCUUUCACUUGUACCAUCCAUACGAUCCUGUUGCUUAUAGAUUGGAUCCUCACUUGGAUCCUGCAUUUUCAAAUUAUGAUCCAUUUGAACUGGAGUUCUUUGUAAGAAGAUCAAAGGGUUCAAGUCUUCCUGUUGUACAAAUAACCAAUGCUUUCAAUUCUGUUUUAACUACUUUAGGCGUAAACAAAAAACCAGAUGAAAAUUAUAAGAGAUUAGUUAGAUUAUAUGAAAUUGUGGAUCAUGCUCUUCCAGUCAUGUCAGAAGUUGUUGUAAAUGAAUAUUUGAAUGCUGGUGAUGUUCACUUGAAAUAUUGGUCGAACACUGAAGUGAAUUGUUUCAUUCUGGAAAAGAUUGGAGUUUUGAAAGUUGAGAAACAAAAACAAUCAGCUUAA